AUGGAAGGAGCUGUCUUGGGAGCAGCAGACAACAGCCACACCAGCGCCUGCGGAGACACUGCAACAGCCCUCAUGAGUAACGGGCAUCAAGCUCUCAGCAACUCCGUCCGUGGAAUGAUGCUGCAAACAGCUCCAGCGGCAGCGGCAGCAGCAGCUGCGUCUACGGCUCUUGGUGCAGCAGCAUCAGCAGCCAGAGCAAGUGCUCUUAGUGCAGCAGCAGCAGCAGCAUCAGCAGCAGCCAGAGCAAGUGCUCUUGGUGCAGCAGCAGCAGCAGCCAGAGCAAGUGCUCUUGGUGCAGCAGCAUCAGCAGCAGCAGCAGCCAGAGCAAGUGCUCUUGGUGCAGCAGCAUCAGCAGCAUCAGCAGCAGCCAGAGCAAGUGCUUUUGGUGCAGCAGCAUCAGCAGCAGCAUCAGCAGCAGCCAGAGCAAGUGCUCUUAGUGCAGCAGCCUCAGCAGCAGCAGCAGCCAGAGCAAGUGCUCUUGGUGCAGCAGCAUCAGCAGCAGCAGCAGAAGAGUCAGCAGAGCUGGCAACAACAGCGAGACGUGCAGCAGCCGCAUCAGGGAGCAGUCGUGCAGCUGCAGCAGCUGCAGGUUCUUCAGGAUCCUCAGCAAAGGAGGCCACUGGAGGGGUUGCCUGUAAGGGGCCUGGAGGGUUGGGUGUGGAGACAGCAGGAGCAGGAGCCUUGUCGCUUGUAAGUGGGAUUUCUGCUGUGUCGGAGAACGCGACGGCGGCUAACGCUGCUUGCGCUGCGCGCCAGACGGGGUUGUCUGGUGGCUUGCAGUUUGCCAGUAGCGAAGUGGCGGAGAGCGAAGGCCGGGGGAGAAGAAGCAUGCAAGGCUUUGAAUGUGCAUGCGUUUGCACAGGUCAUGCGGCCUGGAGAUAUGGUAUGGGUGCACGACUAUCACCUGAUGUUGUUGCCUAA